GUUGGACGUCCCGUGAGGAUCAAGAGCCUCAGGGUGGCCCGACCAUGAAACCUUCAGUCUCUGUGGGCCCCCCUUCUGGCCUGCUGCUGGUCCUGAUGUGCUGCCCCCUGCUGGGCUUGGUCCAGUCUGCCAGCAGCAACAAGGCCAGUGAUAACGGACACCCGCACCUGGGAGACUCUGACCCAGAGCGAUGCAUGAGGCACCACUUUGUAGAGACCAUCACACACCCGAUUUAUAAGUGUAACUCCAAGAUGGUGCUGUUGGCGCGCUGCGAGGGCCACUGCAGCCACACAACCCGCUCCGACCCCCUCAUCUCCUUCAGCUCGGUGCUCAAGCAGCCCUUCAAGAGCACCUGCUCCUGCUGCCGGCCGCACACCUCCAAGCUGAAGGCGGUGAGGCUGCGCUGCGCCGGUGGGACUCGCAUUACGGCCACGUACAGAUACAUCCUAGCCUGCAACUGUGAGGAGUGCAGCUGAGCUGGGAGCAGCACCCUCCCAAACCCUCAAGACUCUCAAGACCCAGCAUUUUCUCGGCCUUGGACUUUAAUCUAAAGCCAUCCACAGCGUUUCGGUUGAUUAUUGGAUCAGGACGUUGCCCCAGAGGACAGCAGCUCAAGGUGCUUGUUGUUAUCUUGGAAGUGAUAGUUUGGAGCGAUCAUACCACCUUCACAUCAGCCUUAAGACUGACCUGCAGCCCUUGGGACUCAGAUAGAACAUACUAUACCCUCUCCAUUAUGUGCAUUCAAUCAGCACAAAUCAUAAGAAGCAUAUUUCUCCAGCACACAAGGCCAAACACCACAAACUGCUGCUCCCAUGGGCCAGUCAGAGACCCUCCUCACUGCAGAGACGCACCAUACUCAUUACAGGCCGUAAUUCAUAACACACAGGCUCACGAACCGCAGUCUGAGAGCUCAUUACAAAUAUGUGUCCAGCUCCAUAAAAACUCCACCACGCAUCUGACAACAAAACAACACGCCUCGUUAAAAAGCAGCCUGGGAAAGGACGAGGCUCCGUGAGAUCAAGCGGGUCCACAUGAGCCCAGACAUGUGGUGGAUCUAUAGAGGGGCACCUGCGCCGUGCUUAAUAACCCAGUAAUAUUUUACACGCUCCCUGCAGACCGUCAUCUAGCAGUGUAAAACAGGACCGAUGCUGACAGGAGAGCUCAUCCCAUGAACUAUAAAAAUGUGGAGUCAGACAGUGGAAGGAGGAUGAAAGCAGACGAGGCUCAGUCGGCCUCUGGGUCCUGGCUCCUGUCAGAGCUAUCAGUGUAAACUAUUCUAUCUGAGUCUUUGUGAUGUUCCUGUCAACAUUAUUGAAACUGUGGCUACUAUCAUCAAACUAUUGUUACUAAUGACAAGUCCAGUGUUUUGACUUGGAGGACACACACUCCGGUCAAACAGUGCUAUGGUUGCUCUGUAAGCCUGUGUACAUUAUCCUCACAGUCCACUGUAAUGAACAUAGAGUUUCAUGUAAUUCAUUGUGUGUGUGUGUGUGUCAGGCUCAAACAUCGUCCAUCAGAACGUGUGGUCAGUUUAUCUGAACUGGAAAAUGAAGAACUCGGGCUCAUUGUUCUAACUGUGGUUUCUUCUUUCAUAAAAACACCACAAAACUCACAGAGUGCAUUCAGAGUGAAACUGAACAGACUUACUGGAGGUUUGGAAGCAAAGAAACAACCACAAUCAUUUCAAUUUCAUGAGCAACUGAUCACCUUUUUUUAAAUUUAACCCCCUCUGAAUACUCAGACUUCAAAUUUCAAUAAAACUGGGUUCAUAGUAUUGAUGUGAUUUACUUUGAAACUCAUCUGUAUGUGGCUUAAAUUUUUAAAUCUCCAGAUGUUUUUUUUUUUCAAGUUGUGCAAAAGCUCAGAUCAAUAAUUCGUGUCCAGUGUUCAAAGCUGCUCAGAUGCA